AUGGACCGCGUCGAGGGCGCACUCACCCUGGCGCGCUUGCGCGACGCCUGCCCAUGCCCGCGCUGCAUCCACCCCUCUACGCGCCAAAAGACGCACACAUCGGGCGAGGCCGCGCGCGAGGUCGCUUCCCUAACAGACGUCGCCGCCCGCGUGGGCCAGCAGGAGGGCGUUGCAGGCCUCUUCAUGCAGUGGGGCGAGCACGAGGGAUUCUACCCCAUCGGCUUGAUUCGUCGCCUCCUCUCCGGCCGCGUCCGCGGCACAUCUUACAUCGAGAACACGCUGCAGCGGAAGCUGUGGGACCGGGACACGCUUGUGCGUGACGCCAAGAGCUUCUACACCGAAUAUAAUGACUUGCAUGCCGGCAAGCCCGGGGAGAAGCUUGAGGCGCGCCCCGAGGCACUCCUCCGCCUUCUCGAGCAACUGCAGGUGUAUGGUCUCGCUGUUGUGCGCGGCCUGCCCACCAACAAGACGGGUAACAAGGACUGUGCCCUUCGCGAGCUGGCAGAGAGCGUGGGGCUACUCCGCAACACUUUCUACGGCGAGACGUGGGACGUGCGUAACGUGCCAAACUCGAAGAACGUUGCGUACACCAACCUCAACCUCGGCCUGCACGUGGACCUCCUCUACUUUGCGCUCCCGCCUCGCUUCCAGCUCUUGCAUGCGCUCCGCAACCGGGUUGUCGGGGGCGAGUCGUACUUUGUCGACUCGUUCGCGGCCGCUCAGCAGCUCAAAGCCGAGCGCCCCGACCUCUACGCGUCCCUCCAGCGCAACAUCAUCGAGUACGAGUACGACAACGACGGCCACUACCUCUCGUAUCAGCACGCCGUACUGCCGCCGCGCGACCUGACUGCGCCGGGCCUGCACUCUGCCAUUAACUGGAGCCCCCCGUUCCAGGCGCCGGCGGUGCAGCGGCCCGUGGACGCGUCUGGCGCUGUCACAAUGCAGGCCGAGGCCGAGUUCUACGAGGCGUGCGACGCGUUCCAAGCGGCGCUGGACGACCCGAAGUUCCGGCACGAGUUCCUUCUGCGCGAGGGCGAGUGUGUGCUCUUCGACAACCAGCGUGUGCUGCAUGCGCGCACGGCGUUCCGCGACAAGACGGAGGAGGAGAUUAUGCGCGACGGCACCAUCCUUGUGCCGGGGGAGAGCACGCGCUGGCUUAAGGGGUGUUACCUUGAUGGGUCGACGGUGUGGGACAAGCUUGCGGUGCUGAAUGAGCAGGUGCGCGGGAAGCAGAGCAUCUAA